UUUUUUUUUUUUUUUUUAGAGCUGCAUGCAGAAGCGGCAGUUCGCUCAUGUGCUCCUGUGAUCAUGGACACAACCUAAACAAAAAUAAUAAUAAUAACCAUACAAUUUUACAUCUUAGGAAACGUAAUAACGCAUAGAUAAUUAAGUGAGACUUAAGAACAAGCUGAAGAUGUGGCGAAUACACAGCUUGGUGGGGAGAGUUUUAAGCCGUUGCCAUGGCAACACGUCGUCUUUGCGUCUCCCGAACGGCCACCACGUUGAGGAUGAAGUCAUCAGCUCAUCGUCGGUGCUCUCCACCAGCCGGUCUCAGAGAGGGGAUGAUAGAGAGCGGAAGAAAAACAAAAGAACGGCAGAGUUCUGCUCUGCUGGAAUGCAGAGAUACACCGCGCUGGAUGCAGUGGGUUGGGGUGCUGCGGCGGUUCUGUUCAUGCAGAUCUGCAGGAGGAUCCACUCUCAGUUCUCCUCAGUUGGCGAACAGAACCCAGGAACCGCCCGCCUCCCAGAACCGGGCCUCAUCCACAAAUGCACACACAAGAUCCUGCUCGACAUGCUGUCAGCGCACAUUGUGUUGCCCCGUGGAGUGUGUGUAAUGGGUGUGAAGGGGGCGUUAACAUGUCCAGACCAAAGCAGCAGCAGCAGUAGCAGCAGUGGCAGCAGCAGUGUUUAUAAUUACAGCGCUGUUGAUGAACCUCUGCACCCCAUCACUGACCAGCAGGGGGAGACAGUCAACCAUGAUAUCACAGAAGCACUCUCAGACAUUAAUGUUACCCAAACAGCAGUCGCUGGAUCUGAAGUACCACAAGGACGGAGCUCGUGCUCUCUGGAUGAAGCUGAGAGGAAUCUGAGAGACGUCGCAGGCAACAGCGUGCCUGUUAUCCUCAACAUCAUCGGUCUGGAGAGUGCUAAAGCAGGCGAUCAUAAGGCAGCGUUCGAGUGUUUUCAGGCUUCAGCUCAGCAGAACUACAGCAAAGCUCAGUUUAAUGUCGGAGUGUGUUAUGAGACGGGCCGCGGAGUCGAGAAAGACCUUAGGAAGGCCCUGCAGUAUUACAGGUGUGCAGCAUUGGCAGGUCACACACAGGCUCAGUACCGCUGUGCUAAACUCCUCUUGAGCAGCAGGAGGCAGCAGAGCGUCAUGGCCACACACACCGCUACAGCUACAGCCAUCUCUCUUCUGCAGAGCGCCGCUGCUGCCGGACUCACUGAGGCUCAGCUGUAUCUGGGUGUGUUAUUCUCUCAGGAUCCAGAUUCUGAUGGAGCAAAAUCAGUUCACUAUUUCAGAAUGGCAGCGGAGAGUGGAGACAGUACUGGUCUGCUGUUUCUCGGUCAGUGCUAUGAAAGAGGGUUCGGUGUUCCUAUGUGUUACAUGACUGCAGUGUGUUAUUACGAGAAAGCAGCAGCUAAAGGAAACCAGCAGGCCAAGAACAAACUCGACCUGCAUAAACGAGAAGUCCUGCGCUCUAUCCGUUCCGCUCCUUGUCUCUCAGUUUUGGAUCGUCUUACUCUGAGCUCCAUGUUUCCUCCAGCGCCAAACGCAAACCCACAGACGGAUUCGCCGACUCAGCCGCUUCCUCAUUCAUGGAGCACAGGCAGUCUUGUAGCUUCGCCCCCUUUUACUGCUCAUACACUCAGUGCUGACUGCAGAAGUGGGGGCUGGGUUAUAGGGGUGGGAUAACACACACACACACACACACUCUCACACACACGCACACACACUUAAAUUUUCAAUCAACGGUUGACGUUGAGCGCACAAGAACAAACACUUGCUUUUGAGGAAUGUUCUCAGCCAAUCAGAGCUGAGCUUGAAUGCUUUAAGCAUUGUUAUUGGGUGAGAGAGAACGAGUCACGUUUAUAAAACCUACAUUAAUUUGUUAGGUUGUUUUUUUUUUUUUUUAAAUAAAGGACCUGGGUGGCCCUUUGCUAUAUGCCUGCUUGCAUUCUUAAGAGAUGUUCUGUGAAUCUAUCAGCUUGAGCAAUGAACAUUAGAUGGCAAAUCAGGUAAAGCUUCACUCUCAACCAAUACAAUUCUGUAUGGAAACCCACUAUACAUCUUUUCCUUGUUUAGUCUCUGGUGUGACGUAGGUGUUACACACUCCAGCUCCUGAGGGGAGGGGAGUUGACGAUGUUUGCCUGACAUAGACUGCUGUCGUGACAUGAGCCCUUUUACAGGAGCAGUGUGAUCAAGGGAGUGAAAUAGACCCCAUUUCCACCUUAUUCCAUAAGACAUGUUUGUCAUCUGAAGUUUGCUAUUUAAGUGUUUUUUCACUGAAGCUACAAGGCUGAUGUAGGUCACACAUAAGGCUAAGUGAUAUAAUUGUGCAUAAACAUUAAAUAUACAAAUAUGCAAUCUCUCCUUCGAUACUUUAAGCCACGCCUCCUACCUUUAUAACCUUUCCGUAAAAUACGUUAGCCUUGUAGAUCCAGCGCAAAAAUGAAUGAAGCAAACUUGUCUAACCUACAAACCCUGACUUUGACUUCAACAGUACAGUUGCACUCAAAUUUUACUUACAUUGUGAUGAAAUGUAAAGUAGAAGCCAAAAUAAAUGCUUUAUAUUAUGUGCCUUGAUUAAACCCUCCCCAAUGUAAGUGCAUCUUUAUUGCAUUAAUAAUGAUGUGAUGAGAAUUUGACUGGGUAUCUUUAUGUCUGUGUGUAUUUUCUUUGUUUGUAUACUGUGAUCAUGAAUGUAUGAAGCACUAUGGCCUGUUCGACGCACACUUUAUAGUUUAGCAAAUAAAGAAACUUUUCUACCA